AUGCUUUGUGCAAUGUGCAUGUCCAUCUUCUUCAGGGGCACCUUGAAUGGCCCUCACCAUCCGGACGAACAAAGUCUACUCACAGCUGCCAAGAACGGUUGCAGGAUGUGUCUCCAUGUCCACUCAACAUCCAACAACGACUUCGCAUCACCAUUGGAAUAUGCCAUCGAUUGGGAAAUUGGACUUGAGAUGCAUUACUUGAUUUUGAUCUCCUCCAGAACCACACACAAAGAAGUGACUGCCUCGCAAGAGUGGCAAUUCUAUGUAAAUACCUCAGCAGACGCCAACGCACCGCCUGGAUACGACGAAUUUCUUAGCCAGGUCACUGCCGACCUGGAAUCGGACCCUUGUAGAGUCCGAAGCGAGCUCCCUCCUCUCAGAGACAUCCCGGAUAGCACGGGUCACGAGAAUGUAGCCAAGUUGGCCAAGCACUGGUUAGAGAAUUGCAAAGCCGAUCAUGAGUGCGAACAGCGAUGCCGACAGCAGCAUGAAAAUUGGCAUCCCGGGCGUCUCAUCGAAGUCGGAACCCCUCAUCAGCAGCCACGCCUGGUUAAUCGAGAAGGCGCCCAAUUUGAAGGCGGUUACGCCGCUUUGAGUCAUUGUUGGGGACCGAAUCCCGACUUCCUGAUGCUCCAAACUGACAAAGAGAGCGAGUUCCGACGAGAAAUCCCAAUGGAAAAACUCCCUGCUAGUUUCCGCGACGCCAUCAUCACUUGCCGUCGGCUGGACAUCCCAUACCUUUGGAUCGACUCUCUUUGCAUCAUACAAGACUCUCACUCUGACUGGCUCUUGCAGUCAGAAGAAAUGUUCAAGGUCUAUCUCAACUGCGAGCUCAACAUCGCCAUUGACGCUUCAGCGAGUGCCCACGAAGGAGCCUUCCGUGAGAGGGAUCCGAGGUAUCUACAAGACUGCUGUGUCUGGACACCCUUUUUCAAGCCGCAGAGGCAAAAUGCCCAGUUUGUCCCCGAUGAAAAUGAAUUCAAGAAUGGGAUAAAUCUCUGCGAGGUAUACACUGUGGAUGAUUUCGCCUGGGCACGAGAAGAGGCUCCCCUCACGAAAAGAGCAUGGAUCUUUCAGGAGAGACUCCUUUCACCCAGAACCUUGUACUUUUCCUCAGAUCGCAUUUCGUGGGAAUGUGGCCUCAAAAGAUCAAUCACGGAAUACCUCCCCUUCAGCAAUGACAAUGCCCAAGGACGAGGAUUCGACGUCAACUUUGUCGCCGUGUAUAACAUCCGGGAAGAUGGCGACCUUUUCGACUUCUACCGAGAUUUUGUGGAUAUGUACACGGACCGUGAGCUCACGUUCCCUGUCGCAGACAAGCUCGUUGCGUUCGCGGCUGUCGCCAGAAGGUGUGCGUCCUGGUUCAAGGGUGACUACUGCGCCGGCAUCUUUCGUGACACCAUGCCUUGGGGGCUCCUCUGGCAUGCCUCUUCGACCGGGUGGAUGGCAAGAUCCCAGACAUGGCGGGCCCCAUCUUGGAGUUGGGCAAGCAUGGACUGUCGCGUAAGGGGUGACCUCAUCCCGAGCGAGCAGAAUACGGACCUGGCCAAGAUGGUGGAUGUGUCCGUGGAACUAGUCGACCCCAAUAACCCGUUUGGUCAAGUCAAGUCUGCCUCGCUGACUUUGACGGGACCUCUAGUCACUAUCAAUGCAUUAGUAUUUUCGGAUUGCCAGACUAUUCAGGAGGAUCUACCCCCAAGAAUCGGCUGGGAAAAUGGUACAUCUGCUCUUGGGCAUCAUUUCGAACUAAAGCCUGAUGAGAGUUUCGGGUCGGAUGGGGAUGAUUCCAUUAACACAUGGCUCUCAACACACAAAGACGCGUUUUUUCUUGCUGUUGGAGAGUCUCAGUACGUGAGAACAAAAGACGAAUUUCCAAAAACUUAUGGUCUUGUCUUGAAAAAACUGGAGGACGGGAAUUACCUUCGGGAAGGCCAAUGGGACGGGAGAUUUGGGUUCGUGGACAUGCAUGCUCAGACGGCAUGUGAAUUUCGCACCGAAACCAUUACGAUACUAUAG